AUGGGUAAUCUCUACGCUGAAUCGGUGCAAUAUGGAAGGAAUAUUGAUCGCAGGAGAGAAGAUAUUGAUGAUACAUGGUCCAACGAGGAUUAUAUAAACAAUGGAAGGAUCGACGAUGAUGACGAAGCUUUUGAAGAAACACCACGGAAACGUGUUAGAAUUCGAGUACCCGUGGUGCGUAGCAGAACUGCUAGACAACAUAAGUUUACGGUCGUCAGGCGCAGACCCUUGACACCUCGCACCAAAGAUAUCGCGUACACUACGUCUACCACUAUGCAUACACCACGAAGAAUCGUAGUGACACGUGUCAGAACUAUUGGAUCGGGAAACUCGAUUAAUCCGAUUGAUAUUCCGGCAGACUAUGGAAGUUAUCAACCUACUGGUUUUGGAAGACACAAAGUAACUAUAACUAGACGUAGAAAACUCCAAUCUACGCCGACAUCGACUCAAAAUAAAGUUAGAGUAACCAGGAGAAAAUUGGUCGCUGUGCGUCCGAUAUUUCCAACAUCGACUCUUGCCAUUAUCACUACUGGAUUCUUCACCGCGCCUUCUUCCGAAUACGAUGAAUAUUCAGACGAAGAAGAUGAGAAAGAGUACGAGAGUGAAAUUAUUAGAGAAAAAGAUCAUUCUGUUAUUACACCUAGUCUCGAAGAGACACCGAAUCUUAUUGAUAACAAACCAGAUGAGGAAGCUAGUCUUGUAUCGUCGGAUGGCAGCUAUGCUAUAUCCGAAGAAAGCACAAUAAACAUGCCAGUGAUUAUUACCGACAAUUUCUUUUUCCCUCCAUCUAAUGACGAGGAAGAUGAAGAAUACGAAGAUGAUGACACAACUACCACGACUGAAAAUGCAAACGAAGUCACGAGUUUAAUGAAAGACGAGCAUCCCACAAUUUCUCCUAAAGAUGAAGAUAAUAUUGUACCUAAUAAGAAGCAAACAAUAAAAGCACCUGAAGGAUCUGAUAAUACGUCGAUAAAUAUAACGGAAUCAAUCGUUUUGGAAGACAUUAAUAAUACAGAGUUAUCAACAAAAACCGUUAUAUUAAAUGAAUAUGUACCGACCACUGAACUUAUUGUUAAUAAAGAUGGUGAUGAUAAAUUUGCAACAAAAGAACAAAUUACUACCAUUGCCACCCUUGAAGAGCAAACUACUUUCAUGGAGGACAUUACUACAUUAAACGUACCCGAUGAAUCUACAACCAUUCCCGAUAAAGAAAACAUCACGACGGAAGAAAUUACAUCAGUUACUGAGACGACAAUGAGUGGUAAAGAAAGUAAAGAAAACAUCACGACGGAAGAAAUUACAUCAGUUACUGAGACGACAACGAGUGGUAAAGAAAAUAAAGAAAACAUCACGACGGAAGAAAUUACAUCAGUUACUGAGACGACAACGAGUGGUAAAGGGCAAGAAUCAACCGAAGCUGCUGAAGAUACUACAGAACGCAGCGUGAUGCCAGAAACGAUCAGCGAGGACUCAAAAGAAAUUCCAACAGUACGACCUCUCCAACCGGAUGUUAUAACUGACUCUAAUUCGACCCAGAUUUCUCUAAUCGGAACGGUCCUUCCAUCUGAUACUAUCGUAAUCGCACCGAGCUUCGAGAGCGUUAUACCGUUUGAGACUACAAAGUCAUCGAUACGCGACACUGAUACGUCCAAUUACCUUGGUGAUUCGUACAUACCCAGCGUGAUACCUCUCAGCGCAAAUUACACCCGCGAGACAGUCCCCGCGACGAAAGUCACGAGCGAGAUUACGCCGGAGGAGAUCGAGGCUGGUUUAGCGGAUGAUCUUUACCUGUCAUUAUCUCGCCUCGAUUUCCCCGAGAUCUUACCGUCGAAAUCAGCCACGAUUAAUCUAGAGACUAAAUCCAUGCCGGAUCUCGCGUUGGAGCCUAGUACGAGCGUUUAUUAUACAGAGACGGUAGUGACGUCGACGCGACUAAGGACGUACACGUACGUGGUGACGCAACUUAACGGACUGGAAACCAAAGUGACAUCGUCGACGACCGUACGACCGAGAGUGACGACACUUACGUUGACGGUGCCUGUCACGGUGACUGUCACUCCUACCGUGGAGUCGUCAGCCGACUUCGUAUCAUCUGUGUAUAAUCCAGUACCCGUUGUCGGAGAGUACGAGGCGAAGGAUGAGGAAGAAGGGCGCAGAUUUAAUUUAGAGACCCGUGUAAUGUCAAACGGCGUAGAAGUCAUUGUCGCUGGACCAACUCCGGCUCUACGAUGGGAAAACUCAAAUCCUCAACCUACCCUCACCUUGUCAGAAGCGGUGGUCAUGCUCCUGCCGCAGGAUAAACCGAACGAGUUUGUCACGAAGACUUGCACAACAACUUUCACGUACCUCAGCACAAUCACCAAGGAUGGAACGACUACCGUUUCAACGGAGCAGCAGGUGGUAGCGAAUACAGCAACAGAGGAACGACAUAGAAAACCUGGUUCCGAAACAGCAGCCGUGACUUUAGAUGCAUCCCCGACUUUACGCACCGAAGUAUUUAAAACAACGUAUACAUAUUUGACUUUAAACACAGAUCAUCCGGAUGUGAAUGAUGCCUUAGAAAGUAGCACGAGAGUCAUAACGAACACGGUUACCGCGCCGCAACAUUACCUAGACAUGAUUCUCGAGCCAUCAGAAGUUCCGCGACCGGAAACCAAUACAUAUCUCAGUACCACAGUGUUGGAAAAAACGUUUAUGGAAGAAGGUCGAACGAAAAUAGAGACGAUCAGCGACACGAUUACUCAGCUAAUAGUAACAGAAUCAGCACCUCCGCCGCGACCAACCAGUGUCACAACUACUCUGACUGCUUUAGAUAACACCGACAGUAGCGUAACCGAUAUGACUAAAACAUAUUACAUUACAUACACAUAUUUCAACACAUUUUUGGAAAAAGGUAGCACGAUAGUUCGCACAAACGUAGCCACAUCGACUGACGUGGUAUUGGAGAAAGUGCCAGUGCGAAAAACAACCAUGAAAACCACUCCGGUUAGUCCUACGCCGGAGCCUAUACAGAUCUUCGCCACUAAAACAUAUCUUACCACAUUUACUUAUUUCACAACGUUAUUACAGGCUGGUCCAGAUGGUGAAACAUCAACAACUGUGACGUCUCGUUCACAUAUCGUUGAAAACGUCGUAACAGAAUCAAUAGCUCCGAGUUUAUUAGACGCCGGUUAUAUGAACGCCUUAUUGACGACCGCGCAUCAUUCUGAUCCGGUGAAAAACGUCGUCACGGGUUCGACCAUUAUCUUCUUCGAUGAUGAAGAUCAGAUCGAGCCAACUGCGACCUCAGAUCUCCCACAAUCAACCUCUAUUACAGAAAUAAAAAAACACGAGAAAAGUCCCACGAACAACUUAACAACUACAAUGUCAACGGAAACGUCGGAGGACAUUAACUUUGAUAUAAAGCCAGUAGAUUCAAUUGAUAAACAGGAUAAUAAUGGUACUACAAUAUUAAGCGAUGUAUCACAAAAUAAAAGGCCGAAUUCUCAAUCCGGAGACGAUGGUUCAGUUAGCAAACCUCUUCUUAGUCUGGGUUCUUUAGGAAUAAAUAGUUUAUCCGCUCUGGGACCAGUAAUCACAGCAAUGGCCGGAUUAUUGCAAGGAAAAACUGCAGCUACUCGUAGAAACGACAGCGUAUCUCUCGCAGAGAUUCAAGAAGUCACAACACAACGAUCGCCUAUCUACAUACCUGUCGCAGAAUUUGCUGACGGUGAUAUAGAAACUGCUGAAAGCCAACAUAUUGCUGUUCAUCUGGCGAAUCUUAAUCAUAAUUACAUUGCCGAGACGCGCCACAAGGUUACCAGUAGUCUUGCCGACGGUAUACCGAUAUCCCCGGGUGAAAUAAUUACCGCAAAUAGUGAUGUUAUCAUAGGAAAACCGGGCAAAAUGGCGCCGAGACCGCCGCAGACGCUUCUGAAGGAUGAAGAGCACAUUGGCAUGAAACCGCCACCAUUACCGGUACCGAAUAUUCCAGUGCAUCCUGUAUUAGAGGUGCUAGAAAACAACGACGAUGUACAAACUCAACAAACCGCGCAAGAUCCACAAAUACAAAUUUUACCGGCACAUCAGAUUUACGAGGAACAUCUGAAAGUACCGGUUUCCAUUCCUCUCGAUGCAAAUCAUCCAACGGCUCCUAAACAAUCUCAAAAGUUGCUUUCCGUUCAAUCACCGCCUAAGAGAAUCGCAUCAAAACAGGAUAUCCUGGAGAAUGAUCCCUUACUUAAACCACCUAACAGACCAAACGUAGAACAGUAUGCGAAUCCUAAUGUGAACCCUAAAAUUCCAGAGUGGAAUCCGGAAAAAUAUAGAAGACCAUGGAGCGCUAAAGAUCCCUUAACACCACCGGCAAGACAUGAUGAAAUUCAUCCGGACAAACCGAUCGAAAAACCACAUCCGACUUCAGUUAUGUUAUCUUCGGAAGAACAGAAACGACCGCCAUGGGCACAAAAAGAUCCUUUAUUGCCGGAUAGUUCUAUUAUUGUACAGAGCUCAGAGUCAAAACCUAUUUCUACCAAACCGAUAGUCCAUCAGAUCCCACAUGUUAUUGAUAGAUCAACGGGGCAACCUUUAUUAGUCAAUAUCCAACCCAGUCAAGUAGCUAAUGUCGUAAUUCCUCAAGGUGGCACACAAGCUCUGAUUUUUGGAGAUACUAAUGAACCUCAUAUAAGUGGCCAAUAUUUUGACGAUCCAUCUCCUUACCCAGAACCUGAAGUUGGACCAAGUUUCAUUGGUAUUCAAAAGGUUGAAGAAUUACCUCAAUAUUCAAGUGAGAAAAAUCCAACUCAUUACAUGGUUCCACCAUCACCAUCUACCAACUUUAAGGUUUCUUCACCAAAACCAGGUUUUUCCAGUCGUCCGCAUAUUUUGUUGCCACCUGUACGCGAGAGACCGCUAGAAACGCCAGAGGUGUCUGUACUAAGACCCGAUAAAAGACCAUCGGAGAUUCAUCUGAUCAAACGACCUGAUGGAUCUGGAGGUUCCGGUCAAGGUCACGUUCAUACAGAAAUUCUUGUACAUCACAAGCCGGAGACAAUAAACGUUCGACCGCAACCUGCUAGUCAUCCAUCUGUCCAUUCUCACGUACAUUCAGUUCACCAACCGCCAGUGCGUGGUCAUUUUUCAAAUGGUCAAACUCCGAUGGAACAAGCUCCGCCGAGGCGUGUGGAAGUCACGCCGACUGAAGUUCCACAUCGAUAUAUAUUCCUUGGAAAACCAGAUUCUGGAAACGAGAUAACCUUAGGCACCAAUUGGAAAUCCGACAAGAAACCGAUUAGAUUUGCUCUAAAUAAUCGACCGAGACCACGACCAAGACCGACGACCAAUCGACCCUUAGAUAGACACGUUUUCAUGGAACGACCUACUGGAUAUCCGCCGAUUAGGAAACCAACGUAUUCAGGACUACAGAGACCUCCAAUAAAGACGCACAACACCUUUAUGUUAUCACAUCGUCCACCAAUGAAUCCUCAACUUCAUCAGGAACCAACUCGAAUAACCCCUAAUAUAUUCACUCUUCAAAUUGACAAUCAAAAUAGACCGCAUAUUUAUCCGGAUAAGACAAACAUAGGUAACGUUAUGCCGCCAACUGAUAAUAAGCAGAACGAUAACGUACCCACUGGUGCAAUAGAAUACCACAAUCCUUUACAUCCAAAUCCGAUAUCGAAAGAAAACAAGCAUUCUCAAGUAUCAGCUAUGAAUACGCAGAAUGUAUUGUCAGAUCAUCUUGAAAAAUGGCAGACUAAUACACAUACAGAGCAGAUACAAUUGGAUUCUGAUAUCGGUGCCUCGGAGUAUAUUAAUUAUCAGAAUCAGUAUUAUGGAAAAGGAAAUAGAAGUCAAGAAAUCAACGGUCAGAAUAAAAAAGACACAACGAAUUCUCAAAGCAUCAACCAAACUCUGACAUCACAAACUUUAUAUGGACCAGUUAUUUCCAUCAAUACGGUUGUAGGCAAACCGCUAGAAGUCGAGCAAGAACAGGACGUAAUUUAUGAACAUGAAACGGAUGGGAAACCACUUUUGCAAGGACCUCAUGGUACCGAUCUCUACAAUACGAGGCCUUACGAAUUGCCCGUAGUACAAGGCAAACCUUUCGGUGUUUAUAAUGGUCACGUCGAUCCGACUACUUCUUACGGAUACAAAGAAGACUAUAAAUCCGAUUACGAAAUAGUUCAUGGUAUACCCGCUCCUCAUAAUGAAGAUACAAGACCAGUUAUGACUAAAACGCAAAACGGACAAGUCACGACACUAAACUCACUCGAACGCGACGAUACCAUCGAUCUUAAGCCACCGGCGAUUAUACCUCAAUUCGGCGUUGAGGUAGAUAGACCUGGAAGGCCGUUCUCUAGACCAAUUAGGCCUGAUUCUAGACCUAGUUUAACUCGAAAUAAACCAGAAAUAUUAACGAAACCACCAAUUAAAUUAGAAGUUAGACCCGAUUACUCUAUAAGACGUCCGGAGAACGUCAAACCGAAUGCGGAAAUUUUUGUCAAUCAAACAUUGAAUCAUAGAAUAAAAAUAAAUCAUAAUCUUCAGAAUUGGGACGCGGAUGUAGCAAUCUCCGAUAUUGUGAAGUCUCAACAGAAAACAGUUGAAAAUAAAAAUAGCACUACAUCUCGUCCGAUUAUAAUCGGCAAUAAACGUCCGAAUAUCGUUCGACCAGAGCAUGGAACGUUCACGAGAGUGCAUCCGGAAUAUCCUCAUAUUCUGACAAAACCGAAACCCCAAGUGCCAGAACCAGUAAUUAUUUCGAGCGGUACUGCGGGACUGGAAACGCAUGGUCGUCCGAAUGUUAAGUUCUCCAUGUCGGUCGAGGCUAUGGGCGAAGAAGUAGACAGUAAGACGCAAACUGAGCGACCGCCCAGCAUGCUAGUUACGAAACAUAAUUUAUCACAAAAUAAAAAGAACGAUGAAACUUUGGAAACUGCUUACCAGACGAACUUUGCUUCCUCGGAUUCUCAAAGUGAACAGGACAAAAUCAAAGAUGUUCCUUCUAGAAAUAUGAUGCCACCACCUCUAAACGGGGGGAUCGGAUUAAAUCAAUCAAAGAAAAAAGAGCAAGAAGGACUUAAACCACCGCCACCGCCGUCAAGCGACGUGCUCGGGUUGUCACCACCACCGGUAGACAUCACUACCACUCAUAUACCAAUAGACGAUAGAUUCGCCUUAAUGACGACCGACGAAUCAGGUUUGAAGCCUCCAAAAUAUGUACCUUUAAAAGACUCGACAACGAUUGCACCACCUAACACAAAUAUGGUUCCACCCAGCCCAAGACCGUCACUUACAAGACCUUUUCUCGUAGAAUUACUGUCGCAGGACAUGGUGCCACCGCCACCAGUAUUAACAACUACAAGACCGCUUGAGAUCGCUACUAUAAGACCAGCUGUCGCAGUUUCCGGUUCUAUACAGAUAGCCACUGCCGUCGCGACGUCUCAUAUCCCAGUAAUCCAGGAUAUUGAAUCGAAAAUCCCAAUUAUUCAUGGUACUGUUGAUCUACCAGUCGUAGUUGACGUUGCCGAUAUCCUCAGACCUAUAGAAACGCGAAUGAGUGAGCAUGUCAGCAUUUACACCGUGCAACCGUUUGAUACAAGACAUGUGUCUAGAAUCUCCAUUCAAUCGACAUCGACGUUGACGACAAAUAUAGUAAUACCGACAAAACUGCGACUACCUCAAAUAGAUCAUAUUCAGCCGAGUAAAUCGUCGACAAUUCACCGUGAUGUCAAUCCGACGAGAUCAUAUGUUUUGGACAUUCCACCAAAUCCUGUUAAGCGACCCGAGCAUCCAGUAUUCUUAGAAUCUAGCCGCGAAAGCAUCCCGUCGACAAGAUUGGAACCUACCGAAUCUUUAACAUUCAUCAUAGAAACGGAAAAGAAACAGCAUUCGACGAUAUCGAAUAUCAAAACACAAAAACCACAAAUAAUCGAAUACAGCAUCGUGAAUAAAACGGCGAAUAAAGAGUCAUCCAUAAUAGUGACUAGAGUCGACAGUUCGAUCAGUAAAGUAACCAAUACAUUGAUACCAACACCGGGCAAUAAGACACGUCCCGAAGUAAGUAACUCGGAUACACAGUUUACGAAGAAUAUUGUAAAGGCGACUAGUACCAUCGCCAAGAAUCAAUCCAAUGCUACUAUUCACACGAAACCAAAAGAGGUGACAAAAUUCAAAACUUCAACGGUGACAAGAACUAAAACAUCGGUGUUGGGUUCGCCGCCAACAACGAGGACACUUUUACUUACGCAUACGAUGACUACGACGACUGUCGAGACUGUGACGGAAACACUGCUGCGUUCGACAAGCGUAGUAUCUACGGUAACUUCGACAAUCUUACAACCGAUUGUUACCAGGAUACCUUCGACGUACGACAACAUAGCGGAUAAUGAUUCUAUAUUUGUCGUGAUGAGUGAUCAGAAACCACCUGUGCCUGGAGGAGAAGAGGUGGAGGCUGAAUACGGGGAGGAAGUUUCUCGUGAUGAGCAAGAUCUAAUGGGUAAUGAAAUCCAUAAAGUAUUGACAGGUGGAAUACUUGGUGCGCCGAUAAUACCUCUUACACCAACUGCGAAUCAAUGCAUACCGGAGUGUAAAUCAUCCAAAUCUGAAAUAUGUGCCGAAGUAGGAACCGAGAUGAGGUGCGUCUGUCGACCAGGGUUUGCAAGAAUGUUCCCGGAUCGUCCUUGCAAACCGACCUACACAUACACGCUGCGCGUUGGUUUGGAUCGUAUCGGCCAUGAAUUCAUAGCGUAUGAUACUGCCUUAAAUGAUUCUACAUCGGCAACUUACAAACGUUUGAUAGUUCCGACGAAGGAAGCUUUAGAUAGAACUUUAAUGCAGAGUGACUUGAGAGAUGUGUACAGAGGCCUUAAAAUUGCUGGAUUCAUUCCGGAUCCUACAAAAGUCGAGUUUCACGUGCAACUAAGCGAUAAUGCUAAUGAAACCAGAUUAAAAGAAGUCCUUCGGAAAUACUUAGUUGGCAGCAAUUACAGUUUAGGUGGCACAGAGGUCUAUGCUUCAAAGAAUCUUGAUUCGAUCGAGGCGACCGAUUUUGAUGAAUGCGCUUCUAAGGAAGGCGGUCCGCAUCAUGAUUGUUCACCCCACGCAGCAUGUUUCAAUUUACGAGGAUCCUAUCAAUGUUCUUGUAGAGAAGGCUGGGCUGAUUUAUCAGAAAAUCCAACGUAUCCCGGAAGGAUAUGCUCGCAAGCGCCAUUGGGAUGCGCGGGCUGCAAUAACAAAGGUCAUUGCGUUACCAAUUCUCUCGGUCAAGAAGUAUGCGAGUGCUUCCCUUGGCACAGCGGUCAACGAUGUCAAGUUAAUCUCAAAGUUUUAUUGAUAGCUCUAGUGACGACCGGCGCGAUCUUGCUGGGUCUCCUAGCAAUCUGUGUGGGAAUGACGUGCUUCCGUCGCCCAGGACGGAAGACCGGCGACAGNCGAGCCAUGAUCCCUGGAACAGGUGGUGAUACCAGCAGCGAGGGUAGCGUCACUGACUUAGCGAUACCGCAUCACGUACCGCAUGUUUUGCCACCGCCGCCGCAAAUGAUAGCUCCCUUGCCGCCGAACAAACGACCAGUUCGUAAGAUCAGCGCGAAACCUCGUCAUCCUCCCAGAAAAGCUACUAUGGUGUCUGCAACCGCGAUAUCAGUCAACGACGAUCAACGUGAUCGUUCAUUGACAGUUAUGAUUCCACGCGCGAAAUAUCGAUCGGCACCGCAAUCACCACAAAAUUACAAUAAGACCGUUAUGAGUACAUUUGCUGCCGAGGAACAUAAACUUAUAAAUUAUCUCGACAAUGGUACGAGCUCUCCCGCCAAUAGAAAACAAAGUAUAUCUAGCGCGAAAGACUGUAAGGAAACUGAUUUGCAAGGCACAAGAAACCCGAUGACACCCACGGGUGCUCUUGUGAGUGCUGGUUUUCAGGUAUCGGCAACGGUGACCCGUAAUAUGGAUGCUGAAUCUACCUUGGCACGUUCAUGCGGUGAAACCACUGUGGAACCAGCGACGAAGGUACUAAGAAGCGGAGAUCUUCAAGUUGAUCUCGAUUCGACUCUAGCUCGUUCGUGCGGCGAGACAACCAUCCAAGCUCCCACGAAGCUUCUUAGAUUGGAUCUAGGCGAGGCUGGUUCUACUUUAGCGAGAUCGUGCGGUGAAACAACGAUCCAACCGCCGACAAAAGUCGCCGCCGCCCGAAGAAACAGCAAAGACACUAGAGACAAUAGGGACACCAGAGACAGCGCCAGUGAGGGUCACACCAUGGCUGAGCGUGAUUUAGGAAGUACACUGAGACUUCCGGCGCAACAUCCGCCAUUGUACAGUCCGGAUAGGACUAGCGAUCGGGAAUCUAAUUUCGAUUCGCUAUAGACGCUCAAACGAGAACGAGUCACGACGUAUGGGAAGAUUGAUUGCGAAUGAAGCCGCUGGACGGUAUUCUCCGUAGAUUUAUGAAUCAUUGUAUGUCGAAAUAAUUGAAAUUUGCUGCUAUCAAAACAGGCGAAGCAACAUAUUUCAU